CUCAAACAUCUCUAACUAUAUAAGUACCAUAUUUCCGAACAGCGUCAUUCACAGCUCAGCUCUCAGAAGAUGCAUUUCAAACUAAUAGUGUUGUUGUCUUUGGUUUCUUUUGUAAGAAAUCACGAUGUGUCCAUCGGUUCAGAGGGGGGAAGAAAAAUAUUUGAAGACACGCGAUACGCGGGUCCAGCGAUUUGGAGACAAAUUGAAAAUAUUACUGUGAUGGCACCAGAUAAUGAAAUCAUAAGCAAGGUUAAUAUUACUGACCUAAGGCCGGAUAAAGAUGGCGACGUGAAAAUAGUUGAUGGCGGGAGUGGUGAAAAGAGUGUUACAAUAGAACUUAAGAGUCCCACAGUAUUGAGAGGCUAUGAAUUCCACAUUGAAGUAUAUUCAACACCCACAAAGACUGAUAGUAAUAACGCUCAGACAGAUAUACCAGAUGGUAUGGACAAAGACUUUAAAACAACAGAGGCUCCAGAGAGCAGUGUGUCAGAAAGUUCUGAAGUUAUACCUGCAUCGAUUGGGAAAGAUUCUGAUAUAUCUAGACCUGCGAGAGAAACCGGUGAUAUACAGCAAACGGAGAGUGAAACAGAAGCUGUGAAUGAAAGUACCCCUGAAUAUACUACGACAACAGAUCCUGAAGACAAAUCUACGACAGAAGAGAAUGAGGGUUCUGGGGGUGAAGAUUCAGCUCCGAUUGACUUGGACUCUGAUUUGCUGAGACCUGCCCGUCAUGCAUCUGAAGGGGACACUAUAGAAGAUAUUACAACAACCACUGAAAUGGAUUAUUUUGAGAUCAAGGGCACUUUGGAGUAUAUUCCGACAACUGAAGAAACAGGCAGUGAAAAUAAUCCGACAACCAGCACAGACGAUGUAAUACGACCGGCGCGGGAAACAGACGAGGAAAAUGAAUCUGACGCAACAACUGAAAUUGUCAUCGAAGAUCAAAACAUGGAUACCGCACCCAACAACAAUGAUAUUAAUAAAACUAAUUACACUAAUAUGGACAUACUGGAGUACAUCAAGAGAAAAGAACAAGGUCCGAGACAAAUCCGUCGCACAGAUGACGAGGAAGAUUCAAGCGACGAGAGUAACGAAAAUUCAUCCGAGAGUUCAGCAAACUAUGAAACCGUAGAUUUAGUUCCCCCAGAAGAAAACUCCAGUUACAGCGAUAACUUCUACUCAGACAGCACAGAGACUACAAUGGGCUCUGUCGAAACCACACUCAGCAAUAAUCCUAGAUAUGUUCGGAGAUUAGCGUCGGACUUAAUGUUUGACACCACGACCGAAGCCAAAGAGAAUACGGAUGAUGUAACCGAGGGAACAACCAUGGCGGAUGUAGUUAUAACCGAAGCUAUAGAAAAUACCAGAAACUCGCGAAAUACUGAAAACUUACUGAACAACGAAGAUCUCGAUUUGAACAACGAAACUAGUGCGGAUACGAAUAUAAUGUCAAACGAUAAAAUCACGAGCGGUAUUGUGUUGUUAAAAGGAAACGAUAUUAUUGUUUCAGCAGAAGGUAAAGAAUUGAGAUUUAAACUUCCAAUCGUACUAAUUAUAGGCAACGAAAAUAACUUUCCGCUAUUCAAUAUGAUUGACUCCCAAGAUAUGGAUAAAAGGGUUUUGAAUCCGGAUUCGGAAAAUAUUAUGAACGAUAAUUUGGAUGAAAAUGUUCCCGAAUAUCCAUCUGUCGAUGCCGAGGCAGCCAGUGAAAUCAUUAUGAAUGACGAUUCAUAUUAAAACUGCUCACGAACAACCUUUUUUGUUAAUUUUUAUUCGUAUAGAUAAAAAAAAAAAUUAUGUAAUAAGUGAUAACAUGUGAAUUAAUUUAUAAUUUGUAAUCGUACUCGUACAACUUUUAAUUUAUUUUUUAAAUGUUAAUAAACACAUUUUUAAUAUAAA